AGAAGGACGUUUAUAACAAAAUUAUAGAAUAACGAUUGGUAGAUAUUGAAAAGUUCGACGGAAACUGAUCUAUAUUUUUUCAUUAAAUUUGAUCGCUCCACUCUUUUUUCCUUUUUUUUGUUAAUUAGAUAGAUAAUUUGUGGUUCUUACAAAUUUGUGGUUCUUACAAAUAUUGUCGGCCGAAUGAACGAAAUAUCUGUUUUUGUGUUCCAGAUGUUGUGAAACAUUUAUUUGCCUUAAGUUCAUGUAUACAAGAAAAUAUAGAAUAACCACAAGUAAUGGGAUGCGGAUCAAGCUCUGUUAAGCCAUCCAGUGUUGUUCCUCAAAUACAAAUAAAUGGAAACAAGACAAAGAGUCAAAUACGAGGUGAUCGCGUGUCAAUGAUUGAUGCUCGUCAUAAGCGUGAAGAGGACAGUAAAGCAAGACUAUCAAAAUUAAAUGAACAAUUUUCGCAUGAAGUUGAUAAAGUUGCGCAAAGUAAAUAUAGAGUUAGUUCCUCUUCGUCUGGAAGAAAUUUCAGCUCCUCAAACGAUAUUGGCAAGUCGAAUGAACUUAAAUAUAAAACUGAAUCAAACAACACCGAUGGAGAAGACCAGAAACGUGAGGUACUAUCAGAAAUAUAUUUGAAAAAUCAAGCAGAUGCUAUUGUCAAAGACGUCAUUACAAAAGCCAAAAUAAAAUACAAUGAAGAACUAAAAAGUUCAAGAAACAACCCCCUCAUAAAUAUAUCUCCGGCAACAACAACGGAAGCUUCAAACUCCAUAGAAUGACACUCGUAGCCUUUUUAAAAUUGAAACGUUUGAAAACUGUUAGUUUUUUUUAAACAUAGGUUUGAAUUUUUUGUUAGUUA